AUGACCCGUCUACAUCAUUCUAGUAACCUAGGGGUCUCCAUUGACGGUAGCCUGACCUACGCUGAGCAUAUCAGAGCAGCAGAAACAACUACAGCUGUAAGCAGGUUGAUAUACAACAAGGGUGGACCGAAGUCUAGCAAGAGAAGAUUGCUAGGAGUAGUGGCACAAUCUAUUAUGCUGUACGCUGCUCCUAUAUGGGAACAAGCAAUAACAGUUCUAAGGUAUAGGAAAGCGCUAGAAACGGUCCAACGGAGAGGAGCAAUUAGGAUAUGCAACGCGUAUAGGAUAAUUUCCCGAGACGCAGUGCAGGUGAUAGCUGGUGUGUCACCAAUAAAGCUCCUUGUUCUGGAGAGUUGUGAGAGGCAGUGGCGCGACCAAAGCGGAUGCUAG